ACACACUAGCUGUAUAGUGGUGCACAUGUGCACAGAUAUUGUGCGUGUACAUGGUAUCAGCGUAGAAUAAAUAGGGGAAUCCAGAUACCGGUAAAGCUGGGAGCACCCUAUUCGAUGUACGUUGCAGGUCAUGUCGUCGCAUUGCUAUCCAUGUGCGUUGUACGUUGUACGCAAGUCAGUGUAUGCUUGCUUCAUUCACAAUAUAAGCGGUCGGCAAGGUUUCCCUGCUAUUUCUGUAGAGCAAUAGCGGGACGUCACAUGCAGCGCUACUCGCCGGCUGUGUAGGAUUUCUAAAUGCAGACCACGACGGACUACCGAUCGUUCUCUUUUUCUCUUUCUCGUGCUUUCGGCUGGGCUCGGUCUCUCUCUCUCUCUCGUUGUCUCUUUCAUUCAUUCAUUCAUCCAACGAGUUUCACAGAAGCCUUGAUGGAUCAGGGUUGCGUUUGAAUCGCUAGCAUGGGACUAUAGCCGCGGCAUACAUCCAUCUUGCCAAGAAAGUUGCCAAUCCAAGGAAUUAGCCAUCCGUAUUAAUCCCUAGGAAUUUUUGUUGUGGAGCUAGCGUCAAAGCAGGACCCUGUGUUUCCUCUGUAUUUUGUCUUCAUCUGAUCCUGUUUUCUUUAUGAUGUUCAUGUGGCCCAAGUGCGUGCACAGGGUGUAGGCAUAAUCAGCCCCCCUCUUGCUUCUGGGGCAACGGAGAGCUCGUCUGGUGUGGAAGUGUUAACUCUGGAUAUCGGUGCUGUGCCCUGCCGUACGUACAUGUAUGCGGUUGGAUAUAAUCUAGGAGGUACUGUUGGCUAUCGUAGAGCGUCGUGGUUCGGCGGACCAGGUUUUUCUCAUGUCGGGCAAGACGGAGAGGAAACUUCAGGGCAAGUCGGCAGAAGACAAGAUGCGUGUUGUGUCAUCCAACCAAUUGUCGACGGAACAAGAUGACAUCAAGCCCCAAGUGUCUUGCACACCUUCAACAUCGUCAGCUGUAAAACCAACUUUAUUAUUACCACCAUCGUCUCCGUCGAUAUCAACGGCAUCUUCACCCUCUCCAUCGCCGUCGACAUCGUCGCUAGGUAGCCCGUCAGCAAGCAGCAACUGGGCGCAUAUUAAGUUUAAGAUAGAAAAAAAGGCACCACGCGCAUCAUCAUCAUCAUCGUCGCCGUCGUCGUCUACAGCCUCGCCAUCACCAUCUUCGUCGUUGUUCCACGUCUUUCCACCGCCUACUUCACCGCAUCUAGGGCACAAUCUGCCAAGUGGGUCGUCGUCGUCGUCAUCGUCCUCAUCGACGUUGCCGCCGCUCUCAUCGCUGCCUUCGUGUUCAGGCACCGCUCGUUCGUCAAGCAUUCCAACGGUGUUCGCUACUCCUCCGACACAAACUGCAGGAUCAGCGUUUCACCGCAAAGCACAAGAAGAACUCGCUCGCAAACCGGCUUUGAAAGAGCUUUUACAACCCAGUAAAAUGGAGCCCAAUAUGUCUAUGAACUACAACAGUAUGCAUCAAGGAGCAAUGCCUCCAAGUUAUUCACCGGGCUAUUCACCUUACCCCUGCAUGAUGCCCCAAGAAGGCCAGUCAGCGUCCCUCCCUACACAGAUGCAACUGCCCAAUCUCCCCCAUCCUAGCCCUUCCGAGUCGCCUCCGCCCCCGCCGAGGGUCUACAAACCAUGCUUUGUAUGCGCGGACAAGUCUUCCGGAUACCACUACGGGGUCAGCGCCUGCGAAGGCUGCAAGGGUUUCUUCCGACGAAGCGUGCAGAAGAACAUGCAAUACACAUGCCACCGCGACCAAAAGUGCAUCAUCAACAAAGUGACGCGGAAUCGCUGCCAACACUGCCGGCUCAAGAAGUGUUUUGAAGUUGGAAUGUCCAAAGAAUGCGUAAGGAACGACAGGAAUAAGAAGAAAAAGAAGAAUGAUGAGGUGACCGAGAGCCUGGUAAUUCCUACCGAAAUUGAAGAUAUCCUCCAGGAAGUGCUACGAGCCCACAGGGACACCUUCCCGCAAAGACCACUACACCCAAUCCACAAUGCGGAUGAUGAGGAGGAGGGGGUCCCGAACCAUCCCGUCAGUAACUUCAAGGGGCAGGACAUUGACAUGGUCAUGUUCGACUAUGUAACUGACAUGUCAUCACGGGCCAUCGUCAUGGUGGUGGACUUCGCCAAGAAACUGCCUGGCUUCCUCUCGUUGAGUACACAAGAUCAGAUCACUCUCCUCAAAGCCUCUUGCCUUGAUAUCAUGAUCCUGAGAAUAUGUUCCCGUUUCAACCCUCAAGAUGCCAGUGUGACCUUCACCACUGGACUGACCCUAACUCAAGGUCAACUCAAGGCUGGUGGCUUUGGUAGUCUUCUUGAUGUGAUCUUCACCUUUGCUUCAUCUCUCUCCAGGAUGCACAUUGAUGAGACUGAGAUUGCUCUAUUAUCAGCUAUCUGUCUCAUCAGUGAAGACCGGACUGGAUUGGAGGAUGCUCCAAGGAUAGAGAAGAUGCAAGAGCCUCUGCUAGAAGGCUUAAGACUGUACGUCCGCAAGCGUCGGCCCAAGGAGUCUCAUUUCUUCGCUAAGCUUCUCAUGAAGAUCACCGAUCUACGCUGUAUCAGCGUCAAGAGUGCAGAGAAGGUAUUCGACAUGAAGGUGGAGUUUGUAAAGGAGAUGCCAGCUCUCAUCUCGGAGAUGAUCGACAAGAAUGACGACGAGUAGCCAUCGCGCAGCUUUGAAAGGAAAAGUAAACAACAACAGAGCAAACCGACCAAUCAAAUCACAUGUUAAUUUUGUAUUUUAUGUCCGACCAAUCAGGAGCUGCCUUUCCCUUGUCACUGCUUUGUACCAUAUAAGAGAAAAGUUACAAAGCAUAGAGAGGGGACUUAUACAGUGGAUGAGUGAGUGUGUGGAUGUGUGAGUGUGUGUAUGUGGGUGUGUGUGAUUGCGAGUAUGUGUACUUGUGUGAGAGAGAGAGGAUACAAAAUAACGGGCUGGUCAUGCAUUGACACUUUUGAUAACGAUGAAAUUGAUCUAUGUAGAAAAGUUAUUGGAUCCUUAAAAUAGGUGCUGAAAGCUUCUUAGCAUAAACCAGUUAGUAACACCAUUAUCCAAUACCUUUUCUAUAAACAAUUUUGUUGUCAUUCGGUGAUAUGUGACCAGCCUUUUAAUAGUUGCUCUACAUGUUCAUUUUUCUUUAGCCCAAGUAAAGAUUUGAACGCGAGGGAGCUUGUGUGUGAGCUGAUGUAGAGAAGGGUUGCAACAACCAUUAAAUGUUACUAUUAUCAUAAAUAUAUUUUUGUGAAGUAUGCCAUAUAAUUGCGAGACUGGAUUGGAAUAGAAAGUGCAGAGGAAAAGUUAUUGAUUAAAAAAUCUAUGAGUGGACCCAUUCUGCUGUAUUUCAAAUCCUUUUCAUGCUGGAAUGAAAUUAUAGGUAUGAAGGCUUUGAUUUAGUUGAUUCUGUACAUGUAUACUUCAAAUGUGGAUCUUGUGCCAGGUAUUUUGUUCAGGAACUUGUGUUAUAACAGAGAGAAAUUAUUAUUUCACCCUCCUCUUGUGAUUGAUGGAUGAAAUAGGAACUCUAUCCUCCUUUUAUAUCUAUGCAUCUUGAUGUUGUAGUUGGAAUCAAUCAUGUGUGCAUCAAAUUUACAUCAUAUGUACAUGUUGAAUUCAGAGGGGAAAACCCCUUGUUGAGUCAGAUGGUGUCAAUUGUACAUUACUGGCAGAACAAGGGGUUUCCCCUCGUUUCUAAUGAAGUGCACUUACAGUCAAUCUUUGUAUUACAUGUGAUUUUCUUUGGGUUCACUCACUCUGAUGCAAAACAAAUCAUAGCAAAUGAAGAAAAAAAUGAACAUUAUAGGAAUGUAUACAAAUCUUCUCCAAUUAAAGUCUACCAUAUUUGAUUGCAAUUGAUUCUUGUUUUCAUCGUUUGAAAUCUUCCUGAAAAUUAGAUAGCUGUAUGAUUCUUAGAUAUUUCUAUUUGAAAAAUCAAGUGAAUUCAUUCACUGACAAUUUUGAAAUGAAAAUCAGAAAAAAAGUUAUCGGUGUACAAAAGUGUAGAAUCAAAAUCAUUAAGUAGACAGUUGUGAUGAAGUUUAUGAAACUUUGUUACUCCUUUUAACACUAGCAUGAACAUAGAGUGUAAAAUAUGCCCAAUAUUCUGUAUAAAGAUUCUUUCCAUCCCACCCCAUUCUAAAGUGAAUCAUAUUUAGUCUUCAAUAGCUGUGAACAUAAGAGUGCUUCUGUGAUUAAUAAUAUUGUAUGCAUGUAUGAUUCUCUGUGAAAUACAUAGUGGAAUUUUUAGUGUGACACUAAAUUGUUAUUGAUGGCUUUAGACUUUUUAAUUGUCAAAUUGAAGAAAGUUACAAUUUGAGAAUAACACAGGAAUCAGCAAGUUGGUGAACUCCAUGAUCAUCUGAAAUUCUAUUUUGAUAUAUCUGUGCUAGAAUGAAGAAAACGGAUGGGUUUUUGUCAGAUUGGUUACCAAUUACCUCAUGCAUCUCUAUAGCCAUAUGCAAACAAGGAAUAUUAUGUUCACACUAAAAAUUCCACCAUUCUUCAAAAUUACUGGUGCUAUUACGAGGAAGGAGAGUAGAAUGAUAAAUAAUUUUGUUAGUUUUUCCAUUGCUGCCUAGAAAUCUCUCCACCCACUUUCACCCACUCUCUCUCUCAGAAAUCAGCCAUGCCUCAAAUUGGCAAUGCAGAGGCUAUCGGUCUUUGAGAGGGAUAGGGGUAAAAGCAACGUAUGCUAUAAAUCACUGCCAUUUUAUCUCGAUACGAAAUUUACUCUGAAACACUGAUAAUUGUUCUGUUUUUGUUUCUUUUUUUAAUGAAUCUGUUUACACUGCCAUAACAUAGUUGUCAGACACAUUGUCACUGUAUUCCCUCAGUAUAUCAUCAUGUUAGGGUCUGUCACGUUGAUAACAUUGUACAGACCAUGCAGCCUGUCAACUGGGUACAGACUACUAUGUUAUUGAACAUCAUGUCAGGCAGCAAGAACAGUUUGAUGACAGUUCUGCAACUGUAUCUUCAAUACACUCAAUGCCAUUAGAGACAUUUCGUGAGUAGCAGAGUCUACCUGCAUGGGCAAAAGUUUGAUAGUUAUGAUGUUCUAUAUAACAAUUUGGAAUGAACUUGUAUAAAAGGGUUGUGCACAGUCUGUACAAUGCAGAAACUGUUCAUCAUGGAACAUUAUUAUCAUGAAGACAAAAGAAAAGUGUACAUAUGAACAGGCUCUAGCCAUUCAUUCAUUCAGCAAUAACACUUAAGUAUUUAUACCAUUAAUACCUUGGUAUGUUGGUUGCUUGGUGAAAAUUAUAGCUCAACUUCAUCAAAGUGCUAUUUCACAUUUGUAGGCAUCUCUUGUUAGCAAUGUUCUUGUAGACACUCAUAACUCUCUUUACUACAGAUCCACAUUGCCGGAGCGAUAUGAUUUAGGAUUCUUCAUUGUCUACCAGCUAUUUAAUUCUGGAUAGAAAAUAUAUAUGUAUUCCAUAGGUUUAUCCCCCUUUUCUGAAUCAAAAUUUGCAUAAAUAUGAAUUUUGAUGUGGUGUUAUUUAGGAGACAUGUUUAUGUAUUUGAAAAAUGAUCAAAUUUUAUACAGAAUGAUAUUUUCCACUCUCUUUCUUCCUUCGUCUCAGUUGUAAUUCGAUUUAAUUCUUCGCUUGGCGCUGGCACUUAGAGAUUUGUACAAAAUAAACAAUAUGUUCUUCAUUUUUUAAUAUUGAACUGAAAUAACAAGUUGUAGAUAUGCGAGGAGUAUUUUUAUGAUCAUGUAAAGUGUGACGAUUGUGUUCGUUUUUGAUGGUAUUAUUGUUAUUGUUUGUUGAUAUGUAUAGAGCAUUUGGAGUAUGAUUUGCCACUUACUUUAACCGUAUAAACCCCAUUUGCGUUUGCUUCUUGCUUCUUAACAUUUUCCCUACAUGCAAAAGUUGUUUAAUUACUAAUAAGGCAUGAUUCGUUGUAAGAACAAUCUUUCAUGAAGUGAUUUAAAAAUAGACUGAACAAUUAUCAUUUUGAAUCAAGAAAAUGACAUAAAAAGAUUGAACCUUUAGACUACAUGUAAUUCAUGCCUUCAGUACUAAGCCGUAGGCUUAAAGCCUUAUAAAAAAAACUAACAGAUUUUAGUAUGUUUUUAUUAAAAGUUGUAGUUUGCUUUCAAAGCGUA